AUGAGCUGCAAGCUCUCCUGCUCAAGAUGCUUUCUGUACUUUUUGAAUGUCCUGUAUAUUACUUCCGGGAUGUUUUUGCUUGUUGCGGGAAGCUUAGUAAUUACAAAUACAAGUAGCUUACGUGAGUUCAUAAUUUAUCGACCUGAGAUCGCUCCGAUCUUCCAAGGCAUUUACAUGAUGAUAUCUGCCGGCGUUGGCCUAUUCCUACUCGGUAUUAUUGGAUGCGCAGCUGCCGUCAGACAAAAUAGAUGCGGGCUUGGCUUAUUCCUGGCGUUGACUGUAACGAUCCUGCUUAUACAGUGGAUCGGAGCGAUCGUCACAUUUGUCAAUUAUCCUGAAGGGAAGACAUUUGUCAAGAAAACAAUGGAUAUUUAUUCAAAUGAGGAGAUUCUAUCUCCUUGCCUGGAAAUUGAGGAUCAAAAUAAAAGGGAAUUGUGCUUUGUACAGAAGAAAUUCAAAGUCGAAAAAUCAGGCUGGGCGGAUGUGCUCAUGAAUGGCCGCUGGACUCAAAAUUCCGAAGAGCGAGAGAUGCUGUAUGAAAUCGCGUCACCGAUGGUUUCAGUCGUUUGGGAGGAUAUCCAGAAGAAAAAUCAAUGCUGCGGUCUCAGUGGGCAGAAUGAUUGGAUCGACUCGCAUUUUCAGAAGAUUCCUGCGACUUGCUGUAAUGAAGAUAAUUUGACGGAAAGAAGCGAAAUUGCCCGAGACAAUCGGCAAGCAGAAACGAUGAAACUCAUUUUCGCCAUCUUUAUUUCGUUUGGAGCUGUUGUGGGCGAUUACUGCGAUUCGGAGGAAACAGAUAGCGCAAUCUUCGAGCUUCACGACGAUUUGGACGAUGACGACGACGGAUCAAUCUCUUCGACCGAAAACCGCGCCUUCAUCAACGAAUACGGCGGCGGCGCAUCUGCCAUCGGAGCUCUUCUCGAAGAUAAUGACGGUCUCGUUUCCAAAGACGAAUUUCUAAAAGCCUGGAAGCGCUCCACCGUUCACAACUGGACAACAGACGAUGUGGUCACUUGGCUCCGUGGAGCAGAUCUUGGCUUUCGAAGCGACAUUGCUGACCAGAUUUCUGCGAUUUUUCAAAUGCAUCGGGUCACUGGAAGAUGCUUCCCGCUCCUAGCGAAACUCGAACAGACGUUUUUGAAGAAGAUCGGAAUCAGGCAGCAUUUGCUCAGGCGAAAGAUUGCGCUUCGAUCGAUGGACGCGAUUCUCUUCGGACCGCCGGUGAAUGAUUCUCUUGUCAAAGACUUGAUCUUGGCAGUUUUGGCUGUGUUCAUGAUCUUUUCCGUCACCUUCAUUAUUCGGCUCAAGCGACAGUUUAAGGAUGUCAAGUCAAGACUCAAAGCAGAAAGUACGAGACUGGAAGAACUGGACAACAUGUGGAAAGAAUACGCCGAAACGCCGCUUGAUCAUGAUUCCGUUUCUACAGUUCUUGAUCUCCCAGCAGGAAACCGUCAAAAUACAGACGGCGGUGAAGAACUAAGCUCUCUCGCAACUCUGAAAAAGCAAAACGACCAGCUUCAAGCCUCCCUAGAAGAAGCUCACAAGGAGUUGAGAAAGAUGCAAAAUGGCUACUCCCUCGACAAAAUAGUCGUGACAAGUGAUGUGAAAGAAAUUCUCAUUAAGACUUAUCGUGCGGAGAAACACAAUUUGGACUUUCGAAAACGCGACGCGCGAAAGAAGGAACAUGUGGCGACGGAGAAUAUGAAGAAACUUGAACGAGCAAACACCAAUUUUUUCAGCUCCGUCAGAUUGCUUCAUUCGCAUCAACUUGAUCAUCUUGACGCGGCGCUAAUGCAAGCACACAAGGCCAUCGAAGACAUCGUCAGUUCCCAGAAAGAAUCCCACGAUCGUUGGCGAAAAAUAGAAAAAAUUUUUAACAUCCCGAUCAUGCGCCAGAAACAGAUGGAAAACGGCGAAUCGAGUCCGGAUAUCUACUCGACGCCGAUCCUUUCCGAGCGUCCUCCUUCUUCCGCGGCGAGGAGCAUCCACAACGAGUCUCUUCAUCAAAUCGCCUUGUCAAACCAUCAUCAGAAUCGAGCGGGUGUCAAGCCCGUCAGUUCCAUCCCUUCCGGCCUGCAACUCCACGGCAACAGCCACAGCAAUGAAACAAUGUCGGAAGACAACUCUCCAACUUCCACCCGACCGGAAUUGCGACAAAUGGACAGUACAAUCAGCACGGAUUCAUGCAUUUACACGCAGACGGGAACGCACGAGUCUGAAAGGGACACUUCUGAACCCCCCUCGCGAACAUGCAUUUCUGAAAUAAAUGGAAACAGCGUAGCGUCAUCGACUGCGGAAGAAGAAUCGACGACGUCGCUGCGAAGUGCGUCUGCGUCAACGCAUGUCAAGACGAAAAAACCAAAGUUUAAGCUCUUCGACAAAAGAAAACUCUCUUAUUUGAGCUUUAGGAAGAAUAAAUCCAAAAAGAAUGAGUAA